GUUACAUUUAGUCAUUAAACAUGCAACUAUCGUUUUCUCACGCCUAAUCUUUCUAAACCAAACCUCACCCACUCUUAAACAACAUUUUCAAAUCAUUAAAAAGGAGAAUCAUAAGAACACAACAGAAGAAAUGAUCCCAUCAUUACAAACAAGAAGCUUCUAGCUAUUACGUAAACCCACCAAAGAAAACCAUUAGAUAAAAUGGCAGAUUCCGAUAUAGAGACCAGCAGCAACCAUAACAGCAACCACUCAACCGCAUCAACGACAAGCGUUCAUAUUUCAGCUCUCGACGGGAUAGUCAACGCAAAUUCACUCUUCACAGUUGCAGUCUUUGUCGGAAUCACAUUCGACCAACCACGUGACCUCAACCUCGCGGAUAGGACGGAGUGCAACGCGGGACGAGACGUGGAAAGGGACCUCGUUGUGUUCGAAGUGAUCUCAUUUGCAUUCUUCCUCUUCUCCUCCCUCGUGGCUCAAGGGCUGAAGCUAACAAUAAACUUGUUGAACAGCAAAGAAACAGACGAGGUUUUUAAAGCAAAUAUCAACAGUGAUCUGCUUCGUCUCGGUGUGGUUGGUGCAGCCGGUGGAUCCAUCUUGGGCUGUGUGUUCCUUCUGUUGUCAAUGGUUGAAGUUAUUCAGCUCCGUCUCGGGCUGCUCUCUUGUGGUACCUCACUGGCGAUUCAUACCGUGUUGGCGCUUGUGGUCUUGGUCUCUUCUGCUCUUAGUGUUUAUAUUUUCACUGUGUUUUACUCUUUCAGGAAAUGAUUGAUUAUCUUUUUACAUAUAUUAAGAACCUGAUAGAUGUAAUUUUGUAA